AUGGCGUUUGCAUCACCUUGGGCUGUGGCACAACCCCCCUCUGGGUUCCCUCAGUUUGUGCCUGCGUUGCCCGACGUCUCUCAAGCAGCCUCAGUUCUCGCUGCCGCGCCAGGUCCUUACCAGGAACUGAUCCGGAGGGAGGGAGCCCUGCAGGUCGACCACACCGCAGCCCAGAUGCGGCUCAUGAGAUUCGGCAGCAAAUUGUACCCUAAGAGGACAGAGGCGAUUCAUCUUGCCGCCUGCGCUGGCGCGACCAACCUCGUUGAAGCGCUGCUCGCACGAAGUAAUGGGUCUAGUAUUAUCAACGCUAGAGAUGAUGAUGGUCGUACGGCGCUCUCGUACAUCGCACAGACAGGCAACGACGAUAUCCUUGAGAUGCUUCUAGCGGACUCGCUUUUGGACGUCAACGCGAGAGACUGCAAAGGUCGAACCCCCAUAUUCCACGCCGCAGUCAACGGCCAUGCGUCUAUCGUGUCGCGACUACUCGAGCGUGGUGCAAACCCUAACUGGAAAGACCUGGAAAGACCUGGACAGGGCCUCUCCGUUGUGCUAUCCGACUUGAACCCGCGACCAAGGCACUCCCCCGACACCAUGACACGCAAUACACCUCUUUCGUGUGCGUUGGAGAAUGAGUUCCAUGAGAUUUCGGAGAUGCUGGCGCGAGCGGAUGGUAUUGAUGCUCACGCCGAGGUUUAUUGCAAUCGAUUACAUGGUCCCAACACACUUCUUGAACUGGCCAUACGAAACAGGGAUGAAGUCAUCGCUCUCAGACUUCUUGAUAAGUAUGGAAUUGGCCAAAGCUCCGACUACCACGAGCCUGGCGGUGAGCUACUGGUUGUCGCAGCCAGCAUCGGGAGUACGAGCCUCGUCGAAAGUUUGCUUGUAACGCAUGGCGUGGAACCUAAUACCGCAUAUCCACACCCCGAAGAGAAUGCAUAUGAAACCAACGGAGAGAAUGACGUUCGAGGAUUCACGCCGCUUAUGGCAGCAGCGAAGAAAGGACACGGUCAUGUCGUCAGAUUAUUGCUGGACGCAGAGGCUAUUCGGCUGGACGCAGAGGCUAUUCGGCUGGACGCAGGCUACAACUACCGCGGCACGGCGCUCUCUAUGGCGGCAGCAAGCGGAUUUCGAGACAUCGUCGAAAUACUGGUGGCGGACAAAAGGGUAGAGGCUGACCAGAAAGAUAUCUGGGGACGAACUCCCCUGCCAUUGGCAGCAGGGGGUGCUCACGAAGACGUGGUGGAAGCCCUGCUCAUGAAUGAAACAGUUGACCCAGACUGCCGAGACAACCAGAGGAGAACACCACUCUCUCGAGCGACGGACAGGAGCCACGCUCGUAAUUACAAUGGCGUGGUCAGGAGGCUGCUUGCUGACGCUCGGGUCGACCCCAACUCCAGAGAUGAGGAAGGAAAUACUCCGCUCUACUAUGCGGCCAAGAUGGGAGACGUGAGUCUAGUCAAGCCAAUCCUAGAGCAUCCUAGGAUCGACUUGGGCUUUGGAGACAAGAGGGCGCCGCUGGCCGUGGCUUCUAGUGAGGGCCAUGUCGACGUGGUGAAAGCUUUUCUCAAGAUGGGACAUUUCGACGUGAACGCCCUCAUGGCGUAUCCGGACGAGUCAGACCGCUCGCCCAGAGUCGUCGACGCUAUUGAGGCGUUGCUUCGGGCAGAACGUAUCGACCCGGACGCCGCGGAUAUCGAGGGGAGGACGCCACUAUCGGUGGCAUGCGAAGAAGCCAAGUUGGAGUUGGUCGACCUCCUCCUCGCCUCCGAUGGUGUCGACCCAGACUUAAGGGAUACUGCCGGGCGAAACCCUCUCUCAUGGGCUGUUGCUCCGACGCGCUCUCUAGAUGAGUUGCCCUUUGACUCAAUUGACCGGCUUCAGGAGGUCAUGCGGCGGCUUCUCCAGAUCCAGGGGGUAGACCCUAACGUCGAAGACGUAGAGGGGCUGACACCGCUCAUUCGGGCCAUCCGAGGCAAGUUGGGUAACGAGUUUGUACGAGUUCUACUUGAGCGGGAAGAUGUCGAUGUGCGCCGACGAAGCCGGGACGGACGUACGCCCAUGGAAUUCGCGAGAAGGAUGGGUGAUGCGGGGAUCAUGUCGCUACUGCGCAAAACAGGCGCUUUAGGCGGAGGCAACGAGCCGCCUGAAGCCAUCGAUCCUUCUGAAUACAGCUCUUCGGAUGACGACCUUGACAUUGGAAAUCUUAGACGGCCACGCAGAGGAAAGGAAUCGGUUGAUUUACAAACUGGCCCACAACGGCGACGAUCGCCGAGCAGCUCGCUUUCGUCCGCAUUCAGGAAAGACGUUGUCAGAAUGCCACUUUAUCAAAUCUAUCAGCAUUUUACCAGAAGCGUCCUCCUGCCACUGGGCGCGCAACAAGAACAUCUCGAUCUGGCAGAGGGCAAUGAUGCAGAACUAUGCGCAAAGUGCAACGCCAUCGACCUAGACGAGGCGUUUUCUAUCCGGAAUACCGACUAUAGAGGCCGUGUUAUCGCGAAGCUGGGGAGAAUAGACGGAACGUGGAAGGCGAGGGAAUGCCCCAUGUGUCGAGUGAUUGCAGCCGUCAGUUCUCGUUGGCGAGUUGCUGCGGAGGGAGAUGCCGAUGAAGACGACAACCAGUUUGUACUAGUCGCCUUCUCCAGCACAGGAAAGUGGCUCUGCAACAACGGGCUAGACUCAUGGCAACACUUUACAGAUUCCUGGAUCGACACUAUGUUCCUCGGUGUUAUUCCUGAUUCAAUUCGAGAGGAGCAUGCCGUCAACUCCUUUGUUCUCAGGUCGGGUUUUAUCAGCCGGCUCGGUUCCAACUGCAAACGCAAGACACAUGCCAUUACAAUUGCUCGGGUGGAAGACGGGGUCGACUUUGCCGCUGCCAAGGGCUGGAUUGCAUGUUGUCGCGAGGAGCAUUUGGAGUGGUGUAACCCUCCAACGCUGGCCCGCGUGCCGCAUCUUAGGCUGAUUGAUUGUGCGACGAGGAGGAUAGUUCAGCAGGGUGACCAAGUUCCCUCGUAUGUGGCUUUGAGCUACGUAUGGGGUGCUCCUCCUACUGCCGGCUCAGGAGAGAAGAGCAAGUUGAAACUUGGCAACAGCAACCUCCCACGGGAUAGUCUUGAUAUAGGAGAGAGUAUCGAGGCCGUUGUCGAAGAUGCUAUCCGUGUCACGCUGGGGCUCGGAUAUGAGUUCCUCUGGGUGGAUAGGCACUGCAUCCUCCAGGAAGGGGACAGUAAGGUCAAGGAGGAACAGUUGCAGAGAAUGGACCUUGUGUACGCAAAUGCUGAAGUGACGUUGGUGGCUACGGCCGGACAAGCAUCGUCCUCUGGCCUGCCCGGCGUAAGCAGCCGAUGUCCUCGAGUGUCACAGCCCUCGGUGCGGAUCAAGGGUCAUGCUAUCACCUUGAUCCCCCCAGUUCCCGCCCAUCAAAUCAAAUCUUCGACCUGGAUGACGCGGGGGUGGACCUACCAGGAGGGAUUGCUGGCUCACCGCCGCCUCUUCUUCUCAGAGAGCGAGAUGUCGUUCGAGUGUCGCGGCCUCCUCGCCCGCGAGGCCAUCCGCCUCCCCGCCGGCGUCGAGCGACAGAUGAGCCAUCUGGACAGGCGUCUGAUGGAGCCCUCGUGGAUCUACGAGCCCUCAGGGAUAGUGUCUUCGGGCAAGGGCGGCAUCGAUCUAUUCGAGCGGCUAGCCGAGUACACGAGGCGGAAUCUGACCUAUCAGUCGGACGCGCUGAAUGCGAUGCUAGGCAUCCUCCGGAUAUACGCCACCUUCGAGAGGAGCCCGAUCUAUCACAUCUGCGGCGUACCCAUCCUUCGCGGUUCAGGGGAGGAAGUUUCUAGACGACAGAGUUUCGUCACCAGUAACGAUGGCGGCAGCGACGACGACGACGACGCCGGAGUCGCCCUUGCCGGCUUCGUCAGUGGCCUCUGUUGGACCCUCCAGUCUCCGGGUGUCCGACGCCCCGGGUUCCCAAGCUGGUCGUGGACGGGGUGGCAUGGUGUAGUAGACUACCAAUUUGAAGAGCCUUUCAUGGUCGACUUUGCUGACGGCUUCGAUGUGGAAGUGUCUAUCGUGCUCGCGGAUGGCAUUGCUCCUAUGCCCUGGAGUGACUACUAUGGCCGACUGAGGAAUACAGUGGUCAAGGAGAGCCGGUACAGCUCCGUCUUUUCUCACCACCAUAUGCUUGAUAUCACGGCGGACACCAUCACAGCCCGGUUCUGCGAGCGACACAACUUCGGCAGUGACUCUGUGGAGUGGAAAGACACUGUGUGUAUUGGGGACGAUGUGUGGGAGGGUGAUUUCGCGCUUACUCAAAAAGACAGCCCUCCCUCGUCAGGAGAUGACAAGGUUGGGUUCGUUUCGAGUCUACGGCGAAGGCUGCUCGAGGAGUCGUGGCUAGGCAUUGUGCUGGGUCCAUCAUUAGACACGGAUCACGGACCCAACGAGAUCUAUGUGCUCGUUGUACAAGAGGUGCCACCGUUGGCGAUCGGCGCGAUUACGCAUUGGGAGCGUGUCGGUCUGCUAGCUAUUGACUACCCGACACUCGAGAGCGAGAUGUUGGAGCGGAGGAAAUUAAGGCUUGCGUAA